AAACACAAGAUUUUUUAAACGGAUAUUUCGAUAAGUUAUGGUGAACAUAGCCUUGAAAAUGCUGAAUUGAAUAAAGAUCUUUAUUUACCAUGUUUCCAAACCGUCAUUUACAUUUUAAUAUUUCGUCAAACAAAAUAAACUAUUUCCGUACACUUUUACUUGUUGUUUGUAAAUCGAAAUAUUUGUUUAAUGUGGUAUCAUAAAAUACAUAAAAGGUAUGAUUUGACUUGAUUUAAUGCGCACCUGGUUUAACUCAGGAAGGACUAUUUUUAAACUGAUUAUAUAUUUCAGCGCAGUACUUCCUUGUUUGAGUUUUGUAUUGAAUAUGGAAAUGACAUGACAUCCAAAGAAGGUACCGAUGAAGACAUAGUGUGGUCUGAUGAAACACAGAGCAUCAGAGAUGUGGUAUACUCUAGUAUGCCAGCCAUUGUGCGGGUGGCUGAAGGGUUUUAUGGAGAUAAUGAUGCAGAAUCAUUUUCAAGAGGAGAUUUGUUAAAACUGGACUUUGUUAAAAGUAUUCAGAAAGUAUACGCAACGGUUGUGUCAUCAUGGAGCGAAGCCAUUCUGGAAGACCGAACUGGUUAUAUUCAACCAGACCGAGAAAUUAUCAUUCCACUCGGGUACAAGGGCAAAGUUGUUAUUACGAGACCACCAACCGAAUUUAAAGUGUAUACUAAUGUCACAGAACUAAUGAGGGACUUUCCACGUUAUGUUAGGGUUGAUACUCCUUUCUUUGCACAAUCAAAUCAAGAUCAAGCUAUACGUAUAGAAUCUGGCAAAAGAUUAGAAUUGGAUCGGUUUUUACCUAACCAGGGACUUAUUGCAAAAUAUGACGACGAUGUUGUAGUCCUGAACAAUAGUGUAAAAGGUCGGUUUGUUCCACUUCCAGACGAAACGGAAUACACACUGACAGAUGUGAUAGAUAAAUUGCCACUUCCACAAUUCGUAAGAUUUGUAGAAGAUGAAUUUGAAAAGGUUCUUACGACAGAUUUACAAAGCGCAGUUGAAAACGUCCAAGCAUUUACUGGCUGUGUAAAACUUAAACGAGUAUUUCGAGAAGAAGUAGUCGUUGGACAUCAUAAACCACAACUACCAUACAUGCCUGAAAGUUUAAGGAUUGAAAAUGAAAAGUAUGUUCAUAGAAGUAUAGUUCUAUUGCCGUUAAGCAGGGAUGCUGUCAACGAAAUUGAAGUGAAUGUACCAAUUUACUCGGAGCCAGAUGAAUACGAACUUCUGGCAAUUCGUAAUUUUUCACAAACGUCACCAAAUAUGGAUGUUAUUGAUGGAAGUCUGUAUCUUGAAUUUGCAAAGAAUCCCAGGAGUUUUUACGUGAUUGAUGACACAGAAGGAGGAGAGACAAAGAGAGCGUCAUACAUACCCGAAGCACCACCUCCUGUGCCGCCUCGUCCUGGUCAUCAUAUAGAAGAUAGUAAAGCUCCGAUACCUCCACCGAGGCCAAGUGUAUCUGAUGCUGAUGAUGAUCGUGAAGAUUAUGAAAUAGUUGGACAACCAAUGAAACCGCCAGUAGUUGCUCCACGAAUCACCAAACAGCAUGAAAUUCAUCAGAACCAAUCAAAACAAGUCAACAAAACACCAGGAGGAAAUACCAAGGCUUUGCAGAAAGAUAAACAGACGUAUAAUGAAGAAGAAGUCGAUGGACCGUUAUUAAUUUAUGAAGUCCCAGAUGAUUCUUCUGGCGAAUAUAUUGCUUUACCACAACAAAAACAUAAAAUCUCUGUACCAAAGCCAUUUUAUAAGAGAUUAAUGCGUGUUCAGUCUGAGCUCAAAGCUAGAUUAUUACCAAAAAGUCAUCAUGCAGCGAAACUUACACCGAUCUCACCAUCUAUCGGGGUUACACAACCUCUUCCAUCGCCAACUUACGACAAAAAACUAGAAACACCUUUUCCGUCACAGUCGUCUCCGAGAACUAAGACACGGCACAAGCCACCUCCGUCUCCAACAACACACAAGCCACCUCCGUCUCCAACAACACAAGUACAUCAAGAAAAGCCGAGCCCGUUACGUGUUAAAACUGCGGAUACAAUCAAUUUACCACCUAGACCCAGGGGGAAGAAAGUUGUGCAAGUUCCACCAAUCAAAGAGUCACACUCUAGACCGCCACCCAUUACCACAGAUUCAAACCCCCAACUAGAUGUUGAAAUAAGUGAUGAAGAAAUGCAAGACUAUGAUUAUCCAGACAUUUCUAAAAUGCUUCCCAUGUCACCACCCCAACAGUCACAAAGUAGACCAGUAGUUAGAGUUCAACCAAGUACACGUAAUAUUACGUCAGUGACGACGUCUUCUGAACGCAUGUCACAAAUGUCCGUACAAGACGUGGUGCGAUGUUUGCAUCAAUGUGCUUUAGCUAAACUCGCCAAUUUAUGUGAUGAAAAUGCAAUUGACGGAAAAUUCUUAUCAGAUCUAAAAGAUGAGGAACUGCGUGAUAAACCAUUUUCAUUAAACAAUAUAGAGGUUGCAAAGCUGAAAAAGAUGAAAGAAGGAUGGCGGCCAAAAAUAGAUUGAGCCAUUUGACGCGCUUCAGCUUGCCAUAAAACCAAGUAUUACAGACUCAAUUUUUUGUAAUAUUAUUCUAAGUUACAUUCUUUUUACAUUCAGUUAUUUGAUUUAUAGGAUACUGUAAUAUGCAUUUUACAUUGCAAUUUGAGACAUGUAUCAGUAUUUAUUCGAACAUCCGUUUAUUGUGUGGUAGGCUAUAGUACUCUAACCUUUUGACCAAAAUCUUUUUCACUUUAUAUCCACAUAUAUAAUGAUGAGUACCUAUAAAGAAAAUUGCUUUAAAUAUUCUUUAAAUUAAUGUUAUAUAUUUUUUUAGUAAUCACUUUUUAUAAGUGCCCUUUUGUAUGCAUUUCUGUUCAAGCCAAAAGAGAUGAAAAAUCACAAUUAUUUUUUUUAAAGUGAGGUCCCAAAAAGUAAAAAAGAAAAAACCGAACGUCAAGGAAAAUUCAGAACGGAAAUUAUCUCAUUAAAUGGUUAAUUCAGAAGCCUAACACACCAAACGAAUGGAAGACAACGUCAUAUUACUUGGUACCCUAUGUGGAAAAUGACUGAUUAAACCUGAUUUUAUAGCUAGCGAAACAUCUCACUUGUAUGACAGUCGCCAAUAACACUGACAACUAAAUGGAAACGAAGAACAAUUAAAACUAGACUCAAAUUAUAUUAAUUUAUCACCAUUAAAAAUUUUGUCAACAGUGAUGACUGAAACAAACAAAAAUUGGAGGAUAAACAAUGUUCUUCGGAUUGGAGUGUAUAGGUCUGUAUUUUUUAAUCAUGUGUCCGGGGAAAUCAUUCUAAAAUAGUCCGCAGUAAUCUUCUUGUAGACUCUCAUUUUAAUAUGGCCUCUGCACAACGAUGACGAAUUCAGUGAAAAAUCCUAUGUAGUAUAUAUAUGUUUAUAUGUAUAUUCAUUUUUUUUAUUUGUUUCAUGUGACUAAUUUUCCAUUUUCAUAACAAAAUCCAACAAAUUGAAUUACAAAUUAUGAACGAAGCUAGGACAUAAGAUCUGAAUUUUAACCAUGAUUUAUGAAUCACUUAAAAUAAUCUUCCGCAAUUUGUUGGAACUUAUUGUUUAGUUAAUACUGUAUUUUGCCUAUUUAACUUUUUUUAUUCGAAUUUCAUUGAUGAGUCUUUUUAGACGAAUUGUGCGACUGAUGUAAAAAAUGUCAUUCAAUGUUUGUAUCUACGAAAAGUUUAUAAGUAACUAUUUUUGGUAUUUUUGGUUUUGUUUGUGACUUACAUGACAGAAUUAAUGCCUUUUGAAAAUAUUGUUGUAUUAGAGACAAAACAGGAAAUUAUAAUAUACACAGUAAGUUGAUAGGGGUAUAAAUGAGGGACGAAAGAUACCAAAGGGACAGUCAAACUCAUAAAUCAAAAAUAAACUGACAACGUCGGGCUAAAAAUAAAAGAAGACAAACAGGCAAACAAUAGAACACAUGACACAACAUAGAAAACUAAAGAAUAAGCAACACGAACCCCACAAAAAACUAGGGGUGAUCUCAGGUACUCCGGAGGGGUAAGCAGAUCCUGCUCAACAUGUGGCACCCGUCGUGUUGCUUAUCAUUUAUGUGAUAACAAAUCCGGUAAAUAGUCUAAUUCGAUACGUCACAUUCAUGAAAGGGAAGGGAAAUGUAGUUACGACGUAAGGAACAUAUCCGAUAUCAUUUGUGAAACGAUUAUUCCAUAAAGGUAAACCAACUCGUGAUGGUGUCCGUAAAAUUUACGAAGGGAUGAUUACAACUUCACUAUUUGGAACUCUUGGUUUAAUAGCUUCCUUGUGAGCAGCAACCCUGUAUCAAAAAAAAUCAUGAAAGGAAAUACAAGCACGGGAGUAUCGUAUCAAUUGGGAGAUAUAUACCCCGUAUGCAGGUGCUGCUGGGAUGUUGCUACUUAGAAAUGGAAAGUUCACAAUUGGAAAGCUGAAAUCAUUUCUUUUGUCGUAAAGUUUUGUUAUCAACCGACCAUCAUUGUCAAUUUCUAGAUGUAAGUCAAGAUAUGAGGCCGACUUAACUGUAUCUGUAGUAUCCUUUAUCUCUAGUUCGAUGGGAUAGAUGCCUUCCACAUAGUCACCAAAUUUUAAAUUAUUUAGUGAAAGAACAUCAUCUAUAUAGCGGAGAGUUAAAGGAUAUUGCUAACUUCUUAUCUUUCUUCCUAAGAAGUUCCUGCAUGAAGUCAGCCUCAUAAUAAUAAAGAAACAAGUCGGCAAGUAGAGGGGUACAAUAUGUCCCCAUUGGAAUGCCGACAGUAUAACGUGUACGUAAAUAUUUUGUAUAUAUAACAACGUCAAAUAACAACACUUUUCAAAUUAUAUAAUUGACAUAGUCAGUUACCAUGUUUUUAUGUUCUCACUUAAACACAUUUCUUUGAUAGGUCAGUGUUAAUUGGAAAAUCAGGAAAUGGUCAGUUUCAAAUAUUACCUUGCAUUUUGUAGUUGUAAAUUUAGUCAUAAGGUCAGUUAACUUUGCGGUAGGGCUUCAUUUUGCGCAUUUUCUUAGCUUUUAUAACCUUACAAAAAAUUAUUUAUACAAUUCCUACAAUUAUGUUUUGAAGACUUUACUAUGAAAUAACGAGUUAAUUCAAUUGAUGCGUCAUAUCUGGUUGCGAAUUUUUCUUAUUAAAUUGAAAAAAAAAUAUUACAUUAUUAAAUCAAUUGUUUGUUGCCAUAUAAAUAUAGAUUUCUUAUAAUGUUAUUUAAAAGAUAAAACUGGUAUGUGUAUUUUUGACAAAGAUUAUUUGUGCCAUAUGUAAUGUGUGUAGAUUAAGCAGUUUAUUGUAAGCCGCACACAGAGCGACACAAUUAAAAUUAAUAAAAAAAAAUAUACUAUUAUCAGUUUUUA